AUGGUAAAGGACCAAACAUUUAAUGGUGUAACUCUUAAAAAAUUAGUUUUUUAAGGAUAAUUUAAAGCACGGAUUAUAGAGCACCAUUUUCCCCUAUAAGAGAGCAUCAUUAAGAUUAGAUUAUCCCUGAUGAUUGAAGUAAGUACUGUUAGAAAUCGAUAAUCUAUUCUAACAAGAAACCUUUAAUCUGCCAUGAGUUCAGAGUGA